GUCUCAAAACGAAAGGACAGUAGCAGAAAAAUACUGACGCGGUUUGAAAAUCGCGGUCCGAUUGCAGUUCGGGCGAGCUGGCUGCCGAUCGUAAGUCGGCUCGGUGCACGAAUCAACGCACUCGUGGACAGCGACACAGGGGCCGGGAAACCCGUAGUGCUAGUAGCUCUGUGCACCCGGAAUGGUGGGGACGCCGAGUGCCCGCGCCACAGCAACGCCAGCACCCGGCGGUGUAGAGGCGUCCCGACUGCAGCCGGUAGGCGGCGCUGUGUUUGGCGUCAGAAGAGAUUCUGCUUCUGCCUGGGUCUUCUCCUUUGGCUCCAGGGAGAGUGAGAAAAGGUCAGGCAGGCUUUGUCUGGCGUCUUGCCCGCCCGCAGUGGGGGCACUCGUAGGGACCUUAGCCGUGUCGCGACCUCUAAAAGGGAGGAGACCGAGAAGACCUUCGGAGAUGUUAUGUAUCGUGGUUCGGAUCCAAUUCCAACGCAGUCUGUUUUGCUCAUCCUGAUUUGUGCAGCAAAACGAAAGGACUGAAGCAGAAAGUCACAGACGCAAUUUGACAUCGCCGUCGGUAUGCAACUCAGGCGUGCUGACAGCCGAUCAGAAGAUGUGGCCUGGUAGACGAAUCGCGGACACGCGUGGAUUACCGGUGGGCAAAGGUGCUCAUGCUGGUGUGUUGCACCUGGGAUAUCCAUUAAUUAGGCUGAGUGCCGGGGUCAUAGCGCCCCCUGUGGACUGAGAAGGAAGCCUUUUUGGCUUCUGAUUGGGACUUUUUCAGUUUCCCAGGGAUGACUGAGCGAUUGAGAAGCAGUCUUGGCGGCCUGACUGAGUGUCUUUCCCACGGUAUGAGAGAACUCCGGGUUCGCAGCAGUUCCACGACUGGAAAAUAGACGCCUUAAAUCGGGCCAGAGCUUGGCGUUCAAGCUUGGAGUUGUGUCGUCGAUAAGUUUGAGGGGUUUAGAGGUUCAGCCACAAUGAUUGAGGUGGUUUGCAACGACCGUCUAGGAAAGAAAGUCCGCGUCAAGUGCAACACCCAUGACACCAUCGGGGACUUGAAGAAACUGAUAGCGGCCCAAACUGGCACCCGCUGGAAUAAGAUCAUUCUUAAAAAGUGGUACACGAUUUUUAAGGACCACGUGUCUCUGGGAGAUUAUGAAAUCCAUGAUGGGAUGAACCUGGAGCUUUAUUACCAAUAGACGGGAAUUCCUUCUCCUUGCCUACCCUGCCUUCCUCUCCCGCCCUCAUUUGACACUGGUGUAGAUGCCCAUUUUUAACAACUCAUAUAAAUAAAAACUUCAGUGCUGCUUUGUUGCUGUCAAAAAAAUGACUUUUCAUGAAAAUGAUCGACAGGUUAAAUAUUUAUUUUUUUUAUUUCUCAACAGGAUUGCUCUUUGUAGCACUAGCUGUCCUGGAACUUGAUCUGGAGAUCAGACUUGAACUUACAGAGAUCCUCCUGCCUCUUCCUCCUGAGUGCUGGGACCAAAAGCAUGGGGCACUACUAGAUAGCGAGGUUAGGAAUUUAUUUUAAAACUGACUUUUCAUUUGAAAGGUUGAUUUCAUGAAAAAGUCAGCCUUCAUGGGAAGGAUCAGUUUCUCAUUGAGAUCCCUAAGGCCAAGGAAGGACAAGGUACAUUUUCAUUGUGUUGAUUCAAGUUGUGUCCUUUGGAUUUGAGUUUCCCUCCACACACCAGCACUUUAAAAUCCAGAGGGUAAUCAUUGUCUUCAGUGUGUGGCUGUCUCAGUUUUUCAGAUCAGCACAGUGUUCCAGUAACAUCCCCAGGGGGAAUGCAAAUGCCUUGAGGCAAGAUCCUGUGUCCUGGAGCAGGGACAAGUAUCUCUUGAGAAUGGAACUGUCCACCCAAACAAAGAAAGCUUCCUGAGGCCACACUUGCAGAUGCAAAACUAGGCUAGAAAUGACCAUAGGGUCUGGAGUGCUCUAGAGGCUGCAGAGAACUCUCUGGACACAAUAACAUCCUAGCUUGCUCCCUGGUAAGCCCUGCUAACCUAAUCACAUCUUACUUUCAAAUCCUAACUUUCAAAUACAUUUUGGUAAAGCUCUGUAAUAUCCUUUUCUGUUUCUCGUUUGAAACAAUCUUUUAUUUUAGGAUGUAAUUUAGACUGAAAACAUUUGGUUUUCAUCUAAAAUUUCUUUUAACCAUCUUCAUCCAAAGUAAUUUUAUGCAAGCACAGAAAGUAUGUCCUGGAACUCACUAUGUAGAUCAGGCUGGCCUCUGCACUCAGAGUGCUGAGACCAAAGGCCAUGUACCAACAUACUCACUAAGACAGACAUGCUUUUAUUCUAAAUCCAGUUUUAUUUUGUCCUUUAUAGAAAAUGUUUAAAGCAUAUAUCUGAAAUAAUUAGCCAACAGUCUUGUUUCUUGAAUACAGUCAGCCCCCAAAAGGCCCAAGUUGGGCUUCCAAAUGACUCUAAAGUUACACACUGAACAUGCUGUAGGAUCUGUAUGUUACCAUUUGUAUCUAUUGCCAUUACCAUAAUGAAAAGGAAAUUUAAUGUAUAGAUAUAUAUGCAUUUAAUAAACAUUUGUUUUUCAUAUCCUA